AUCACUUCACUGCUGCGGCAUUAAAGAUGUGCUCUGUGGUGAUUGGGCAACUUUGUAUUUCCCCGCCUUUCCCGGAAGAAGGAAGAAAAUUGGCUUUUACUUGGGAAAUCUGUUGACAGCAGUUCUUUCAGUUCGCGUAUUAACUAUUUUUUAUACAAUCUGCAGCUCCAUAAACGUCACGGGGGAAGGUGUGGAGGAGCAGCCGGCCUCGGUGCACCUUUCACGGGCUGUGGUUGUCCCAGAGGAGGCGUGUGUCCAUUUUUCCUGUUUCUUGUGAGCUCCACAGGUAUGGAACAUGGCAGCUACUGAACACCAGCUCAUGAUAAGCGUCGGACUCAUUGAGAAAGAUGUGAAUGGGGACACACUGUGGGUUUGGUGUUACCCGUCGGUGGACUCUGAGCUGAGGCAGGUGCUGCUGUCUAAAUGCUGCCUGUCCCGAAACACAAAAGACUUCCACACUUUUGUUUUUGGUCAAUUCAAACGCACCUGGUAUUAUAUCAGCACUGUGGAGGUACAAGAGCCCACUGCGCUCAAAAAGGUCACUCAUUUUUCCAUCGUAGUUACUGCAAAAGAUUUUAAUCCAGAGAAGUAUGCAGCUCUCAGUAGGAUACUAUGCAGGACAUAUGUAAAAUACGGCAGCCCGGUGAAAAUGCUGGAGGCGUACAUCACCGUCUUCACCAAAGGCGUCUGUCAGAGCGAUGAGAACGGAUCCUUCCUCAUUAAGGACUAUGACGUGAGGAAAGCAUAUUUAGCUGGUUCUAUUAAAGAUAUUGUAGCACAGUUUGGGAUGGAGACUAUUAUCCUGUACACAGCGUUAAUGCUAAAAAAGAGAAUAGUUGUACAUCACCCUCGAAUUGAAGCACUGUUAGAGUUUACUAGAGUUCUUCCAGCAUUAGCCUGGCACAGAAAAGACUGGUCCAUUUUAUAUCCCAAUGUGCAUCUGACAGAUAUUGAACUAGAAGAUUUAAGUAAAUGUUCAGGGUAUGUGGCAGGUUUUGUGGACCCAGAGGUGAGCAACAGAGGAGACCUGUUUGACGUCUAUGUGAAUCUACCAGACAGCGUCAUCACAGUAUCUCCAAGUGCAAAAGAGUCUAUGUCUAUGGGAAAGUUGCACAAAGAGAUUGGUCUCCUUAUUCUCCAGUCGGCGGAGGAUGCAGAGAAGUCAGACAGUCAAGUUAUAAAGGACAUUUCAGUGAAGACUAAGGAGCUUGUUACAAACCUGGUGGCCCUGGCUGAGCAGUGUGAGGACUCCAAACUCACUUUAGAGAGUUUAAAACAGCACCAUUUUCCCCCAGCCACCGAAAACUUCCUCUUUCAUUUGGCAGCGGCCGAACAACUUUUACGAAUAUGAAACUCCUGUGUAACAAUGGCUGAGACGUUUCUAACUAUUGCUGUUCUGCCUUUUUAUCACUGCAAACAAAAUAGGACACUCUUUUUUUAUAUAUAUUUGCAGCAAGUUUGUACUAAUAAGGUAGUGUUUUUAUUAAUACUGUUUCUUAAGAUGGUACAGUACAAUUUAACAAGCCCAUAUUACGCUAUUUUCUGAUCUAUGUUAUAAUGUUGUUUCCUCAUCACAAACAUAGUCAGAGUUGUAUGACAUCACAAGGUGGAACAGGGCAUUUUGAGCUUUGGAGAUGUACAGACUAAUAAUAAAGGGUUACUCAAACGUGUGAAUGAAACAAAACACAACUCCAGGUCUGUUUUAGAAGAGGUAACAACAUUAUAACAUGGUUUAAAGGUCACAUGAGUCAUUUCUGAGUACUUUAAAGAAAAUGUGAAAAGUUUAUUUAAAUUUAACUGGAGUUUUGGAGAUGGUCCAAUCUGGUUUUCACAUUUCUUUUCCAUAUUCAUGCCAUAUUUUCUCUGCUUCAAACAUUAAUAGGUGCUACGAUGUCGCUCAUGUCAGUGCAUUCUUACGGUUACAUUGGAAGAGGAGAUGCCUUUGUGAAUUCUAAAAUGUUUUUGGUGCCAACACUGGUGGCGUUUUUUUCCACUGUGAAGUAAAAGUACAUGUUCAAAGUGAAACGAAUAUGUGGCGUGCACUUAAGGGCAGUGACAUUGCACAAUAUGUGGCUUUAUUACUUUAACAUUUGUAUUUUACUAAUCACACUUUACUCCAGUUUCUCAAGUACGGUGGUGGAUUUGAGCAUUGAGAUUUGUUUUCUUAAAAAUAUACAGUUUAUCAUUAUAAUUCAAAUGCAAAAUAUACAUCAAAUUACAAAACUGAUUGACAUGUUUCUGUUCUAAAAUUCCACGUGGUCUGAUGUUUUUUUUCUUUGUUGCCACAAUGAUAGAUGUUGCCUCAGUAUUCCAGAUUAGGAUGCAGCAUACAUAGAAAAAUUUAAAUGUGAAAGUAGCUAAAUGUAUUUUCAUAAAUUCAUUUGAUAAUUCUAUUAAUAAAUACAUCUACAAAUCACUGUAUUAAAA